AUGGAAGAAGUUGAUUCUAUCAUUUUGCACUUUCUUCGGCAACUGAACAUUAACAUCAGCGAAGAUAUUAAAAAUGUUUGUGAUUUACCAGCUGAGGUAAUAAUUGAAGCAACAUCAAGAUGUAUAAGUACAAUUAAUCCAGUUUUGAAAGUUCCCAACAAAUUACCACCAGGUAUAUCACAGAAGAUAGAAGUUGCAGCUCAAAUAGCCUCAAUUUGUAAGGAUUUAGGGUAUAAAAAUGAUGUUGGAUAUCAGACAUUUUUAUACUAUAAUGAGGCUGAUUUGAGGCAAGUUUUCAUGUUCUUAAUAGAAAAACUACCUAGUGAAGAUAACCACUUAUCAAAUUUAAAUGUACCUAAGAAAAAGAAAAAUGUACUACUACAGGAAAUUGGGAACAAAAUUGGUGAAGAAUUGAAUUCCAUAUGGAUUCCUGCCUGUUGCUUACCGAGAAAUGAAUCAUCAAUAGGUGACUUCAUAUCUGCAAAAGAAAUAUUUAAAAGGCCAGAAAUCAACGAUAUUGAAAUAACGGAAAAGUUAAAAAAAAUUAAUCAAAUUGUCACGAAAACUAUAGCUUUAAGACCAGCUCAAGAAAAGAUAAAUUAUAAUGUUGAAACAUGUGAAAUAAAAAAGCCACUUAAGGAACUAAAGGAAAUGGCAUUUGUUUUACGACAAAAACUAGAUACAAUUGAAAGUGAAAGAAAUGUUAUGGAUGUUGAAUAUUCGCAGGCCAUUAAAUAUUGUGAAAAAGCAGAAGCUGAUUUAAGAAAUGUUAAAAAUAUUUUAUAUGAUAUUGGUAUAACAGACAUUAAUUUAGAUCAAACAGCUGUAGAUAAACUAAAUAAAGUACGCAAAAUUAUAAGUGUAUUGCAUAGAAAAAGUGAAGAUCUAACUUCAAGAAAUUUAGGUUUAAAAAUUAAAAUUGAUGAAGUGCGAACGACUACUGCUUUAUCUGAGUCUGAAAGAAUUAAAUGUAAAAGGAUCUUGGUUAGUUUAAAAAAUAAUGCACGAACCAUGAAAGAAGAGUGUGAAAAAAAGGAAGAACUAAGCAAGCACCUUAAAAUUAAGUAUGAAAAAUUAAAAGGCGGGAACAGAAGACAUGUUUAUACAAAAAGAAUACUUGAAAUCAUAGGCAAUGUAAAUAAACAAAAUAUGGAAAUAAGAAAGAUACUAGAAGAUACGAGGACAAUACAGAAGGAAAUUAAUUCUCUUGAGGGACAGCUAGACCGUUGUUUUUCAAUCGCAGAUGAAACAUUAUUUAAGGAUGCUAAAAAAGAUGAUCAAGCUAAAAAAGCUUACAAACUGUUAGCAUUAUUACACUCUGAAUGUAAUACCAUAGUAACCCUAGUAAAUGAAACUGGAAACUUAGCCAGGGAAAUUGUGGAUCUAGAAGACAAUAUUAAAGCUGAAAAAUCUAAAAGAACUGAAGAUAUAUUACAAAAAAUACAGCUUGACCUUACAAAACUCCAAACCGAAAGUAUUAUAACAGUCAAAUAA